AAAUGAAAGACUGGAAUAAUUUUUCAAUGGGGACUUUGAAAUCUGCUCACCGAAGUGAAUCACAUGAUAUCCAAUAUGGAAGGUGGGCGGUAGAUACUCUGCACCAAGUCAGAUCUAUUUUCUAUGUAUUUAAGAAUCUACAAACGCUCCCCUUAGAAAGUCUUUCAGCUCCUGGUUGUUAUAUUGAUACCAGAGCCUUAAAACAUGACAGAAUUUCUAGCUGAAAAUAACCAGUGUGGCCAGAACCUGAUUCACCUGACAUCAAGAGGUAACGCUAUUAUAGCUGAGCUGCUUCGACUGUCGGACUAUGUUCCGCCUGUGUUCCGCCAAGAUAACCGUCAGGACCAGGCGAAAUAUGGUGAGAUCCUCUGUGACUUCAGUUACUUCAAGAACACUGAGCAGUUUGACAGCAAAAUUGACAGCCGACCUGACCUUCAAGAUCUGGAUGAUGAAUUCAAAGAAAACCACAUCGAAAUUGUAACCCGAUUCUACCAGGCAUUUUCCUGUAUUCACAAAUAUGUUUCUGAUUUCAACAGAUUUCUGGAAGAGCUCGAAGAAGGGGUGUACACCCAGCAGACAUUGGAGAGUGUAUUACUGAAUGAAGAUGGUAAACAGUUACUGUGUGAAUCUUUGUUCUUGUACGGUGUGAUGCUGCUCGUGACCGAUAUGAAAAUAGAAGGAAUAAUAAGAGAAAGAAUACUCGUCAGCUAUUACCGCUACAGUGCACAAAAGACCGGUGCUGAUGACUCUAAUAUUGAUGAAGUCUGCAAACUGUUAAGAAGUACUGGAUUUUCAAAUGCUGCUGGAGCCAAGCGACCACCCAAAUAUCCAGAGUCAUUUUUCGGCCGAGUUCCCAUCAACAGUAUAUUUAUCAGUAUGGUAAUUGGCCGGCUUCGUUCAGAUGACAUUUACAACCAGGUGGCUGCUUACCCACUUCCUGAACAUCGGUCUACUGCUCUUGCUACCCAGGCUAGCAUGUUGUAUGUGAUUCUUUAUUUUGAACCAGAGAUACUCCACAACCAGCAAGCCAAAAUGAGAGAGAUUGUUGAUAAAUAUUUCCCUGAUAAUUGGAUAAUAAGUGUCUACAUGGGUAUAACUGUGAACCUAAUUGAUGUCUGGUCCCCUUACAAAGCUGCAAUGAUUGCUCUGAACAACACUCUGGAGCAGAGUAACAUUAGGGAACAGGCUACAAAAUAUAACCAGAAAAUGAAAAGGCUUAAUAUCCAGCUGGAGAAGAACCUACAAGAAGGAGUCUUACAGGAGGACUUCAUUCUAGACAACAUCCAGAAGUUGAUGAAUAUUAUGCGAGAAGGGAAUGUCACACUUCGCUGGUUACUGUUACACACUGCUGCUUUACCAACUUCUGCAACUCAGGAAAAUGCCAAAAAGUAUCGCCAGGUUCGUGAACAAGUGCUUACUGACAGCCAAUAUUCACCUCUAGCACUAUUCCAACUUCUUCUAAAUAUUGGACAAUAUGAACUCAAGCUAAAAGAAAUCUUCAAACAAAUGUUGUCAGAAAAACAGACCAAGUGGGAAGGUUACAAAAAGGAAGGCACUGAACGAAUGCAGGAAUUAAGUGAAGUAUUUUCAGGAAUGAAACCUUUAACAAGAAUUGAGAAAAAUGAUAACUUACAAGCUUGGUUUGCAGAAAUGUCCAAACAGAUCACCUCCCUUGACUAUGAUGAUUCCACUACUGCUGGUAGGAAAAUAGUCCAACUCAUUCAAGCUCUUGAAGAAGUCCAAGAAUUCCAUCAGCUGGAGAGCAACCUUCAAGUGAAACAGUUCUUGGCUGACACUCGUAAAUACCUUCAUCAAAUGAUUCGCACCAUUAACAUCAAAGAAGAGGUACUGAUCACUAUCCAAAUAGUUGCUGACCUUUCUUAUGCGUGGCACUUAAUGGACAGUUAUACAUCAAUAAUGCAGGAAGGCAUUAAGAAAGAUCCCUCCCUUGUGAUAAAACUGAGGGCAACAUUUUUAAAGAUGGCUUCUGCAUUGGAUCUGCCACUCAUGAGAAUUCUUCAAGCUAACAGUCCUGACCUUAUCAGUGUAUCAAAGUACUACUCAGGUGAACUGGUGGCCUAUCUUAGAAAGGUGUUACAGAUCAUUCCACGAACGAUGUUUGGUUUGCUAGCUCUGAUUAUUCAGAAGCAAACAGCACAAAUCAAAGAAUUGCCCACACGACUUGAGAAAGAUAAAAUGAAGGAUUAUGCUCAACUCGAAGAAAGAUAUGAAGUUGCUCGUCUGACCCAUUCAAUUUCUGUCUUUACUGAAGGAAUGUUGAUGAUGAAAACCACUCUUGUUGGAAUAAUUAAAAUUGAUCCUAAACAGUUGCUUGAAGAUGGCAUUCGCAAGGAACUUGUUCAGCAGGUAGCAGGAGCACUUCACCAAAGUUUGAUAUUCAAUCCAAAGGCUAAAGUUAGUGAACUCAUCCCACGGCUAAAUGGUCUUGGAGAUAGAAUGGAUGGCUUCCGAAGAUCUUUUGAGUAUAUUCAGGAUUAUGUAAAUAUUUAUGGCUUAAAAAUUUGGCAAGAGGAAGUAUCACGUAUUAUCAACUACAAUGUGGAGAUGGAGUGCAACAGUUUCCUGCGAACCAAGGUCAUUGACUGGCAAAGCGUUUACCAAUCUAAGACCAUCCCUAUUCCUCGUUUUGCUCCAGUUGAUGCCAGUGUCAACUUCAUUGGAAGACUUGCACGAGAAAUCCUACGUAUCACUGACCCUAAAAAUACUUCCUAUGUUGAUCAGAUGAAAGCUUGGUAUGACUUAAAAUCCAAACAAGAAAUUGUCAACCGGUUGUUGUUUCAAAAGUUACAGAAAGCUGUUGGCAGUUUUGGUCUGAAUGGUCUUGACCGACUCAUCUCCUUUAUGAUAGUCCAGGAACUUCAACAAUUCAAUAUGCUCUUGCACAAAAGCGUCUUACGAGAUAAAGGCAUGGUUGAAAUGAUUUCAACCCUAUCAAAAUCCCUGAAUCCCAUAAGGAGCCUUGUCAACCAACCAUACAAAGUGUAUUCCCAGGCUCUUACUAAAGCAGUGAAAUUGUGGCCUUCAUUUAUGGAAAUAAUUCUGAAGGUUGGACAAAUGCAACUAUUACGGAGGCAAAUAGCAAAUGAGUUGAAUAAUUCCUGUAAGUUUGAUUCCAAGAUUUUAGCCAGUGCUUUACAAACUAUGAACAAUGCAUUGCUAGCAGAUAUUCAGAGACACUAUCAAGAUCCAUCAUUGCCUUAUCCUGAUGAAGAAAACCCUCUUAUGUACCAGCUAUCAUCAUAUCUUGAAGCUGCUGGCAACCAUAAUCCUCUGUUGAAGAUUUAUAUUACAACAAAACGAGUCACUUGUUUCCCACUGUUCACCUUCCUUUUGGUCAUAUCCCAUCUUCCAAAACUCACCUACAAUAAAUCAAUAGGAACUAUAAUUUGUAAAAAGACAGCUGACCCUCUAGAUGCCCCACCGUUUAUUGUUGGGGUGAUCACAUUAUUGAAACAAUACCAUUCAGACAACACUGAUUUAUUCAUGGUGUUGAUGGGCCAGUAUAUACGAUCUUUGUUUGAGAUAAUCAAUACCACCAAAAACCACGAUGUAUCAAACGAUGUUCUCAAUGCUUUAGUUUUUGUUGAAGACUUCCUGUACUAUGGAGGCCUGACACGAAAGACCUUAGAAAGCCAUAUACCUGGCUAUAUAUUUGAUGAAUUCCGUUCCCAGUUACCAAAUUGAUGCUGCUGUAUUUCUGCUGCUAUUCUUUGGACAAGUCAUAUAUUCCCAAUGUUGAGCUGCAGCAUUCGUAUCUCUAUCACACACAAUCAUACCCGGAACUUUCCCUAAUUGUUAAUUUUGAAAUUUGUUAAAAAAUUUUCAUCAAACAUCAAAAAAAUAAAUAUUAUUUUCAACCCCCAAAA